CGUCCAGCCGCGACAGCAUCGCUCUAUAGCCCCCCCCCCGCCGCCGCCGCCGCCGCCGCCCAGGGCCCGAGCGGCUCCCAUUUCCCUGCUUGGGCUUCUCUACCGCUGCUUCCUGCGGGCUCUAUGAUCUUCUUCCGCCUCCAGGGCUCCUAGGGCGCCUCUAGCCGCCGCACUCCCGGCUCUAUGGUCCGCGCGGUGGGGAGCGCUUCCCGGUCUCCUCCGCGUCCGCGUCCGCGUCGCUGCUGCCGUCGGCCGGAGCCGGGGCACCCUGCCCUGCGCAGCGUCCCCGCUCUCGGCGGCCAUGGAGCUGGAAGUGCCGGACGAUGCGGAGAGCGCGCUCGCCGCCGAGGCCGGAGCCGUCAGCCCGGAGGCUGGAUGGGGGGGAGCGGACUCGGCAGGAGUAUUAAACAGGAGUCACUGGUGAAUUAACUUCCUAGAGCUCUCUUCUAAGAAAACGGCUUCUGAAACAGUAAUGCUGGAAAAUGCUUAUUAAAGAAAAUGAGAAUCUUGAGGGGAGAACAUCCUAAAAUUUUGCUAAUGACUUUUUGUGGCUUGUUCACUUAUUAAUCAUGUGUCUGGCACUGAAGAAGACUGACCUCACUGAGGCCCCAUCAUUAUCAGGACAGCCUGGAGUUGGCCAAGGAAAGAAGAUAGGUCAUCGAGGAGUUGAUGCUUCUGGCGAAACUACCUACAAAAAGACCACUUCGAGCACUCUGAAGGGGGCCAUCCAGCUGGGUAUUGGUUACACAGUGGGGAACCUGAGCUCCAAGCCAGAGAGAGAUGUCCUGAUGCAGGAUUUUUACGUGGUGGAGAGCAUUUUCUUUCCCAGUGAAGGAAGUAAUCUCACUCCAGCUCACCAUUACCCUGACUUCAGGUUCAAAACCUAUGCACCCGUGGCUUUUCGGUACUUCCGGGAGCUCUUUGGAAUUCGUCCAGAUGAUUAUUUGUAUUCGUUAUGUAACGAGCCUCUGAUCGAGUUGUCGAACCCUGGUGCCAGCGGCUCCCUCUUCUAUGUCACCCGUGAUGACGAGUUCAUCAUAAAAACUGUGAUGCACAAGGAAGCGGAAUUCUUACAGAAACUUCUCCCUGGCUACUACAUGAACCUGAACCAGAACCCACGGACCUUGCUGCCAAAGUUCUAUGGACUGUACUGCGUUCAGUCGGGAGGCAAGAACAUUCGGGUGGUGGUGAUGAACAAUAUCCUGCCCCGGGUGGUGAAAAUGCACCUGAAAUUUGACCUGAAAGGUUCGACCUACAAACGCCGGGCAUCCAAGAAGGAGAAGGAGAAAUCCAGCCCCACUUUCAAGGACCUGGACUUCAUGCAGGACAUGCCAGAAGGUCUAAUGCUGGACACAGACACCUUCAGUGCGCUGGUGAAAACACUUCAGCGAGACUGCUUGGUGUUGGAAAGCUUUAAAAUCAUGGACUACAGCCUGCUGCUCGGGGUGCAUAACAUAGACCAGCAAGAACGGGAGCAGCAAACUGAGGGAGCCCAGAGCACAUCUGAUGAGAAGCGUCCCGUUGGGCAGAAGGCACUUUACUCCACAGCCAUGGAGUCCAUCCAGGGUGGGGCUGCCCGGGGGGAGUCCAUAGAUACAGAUGACACAAUGGGAGGAAUCCCAGCCGUGAAUGGCAAAGGAGAGCGCCUCCUGCUUCACGUAGGAAUAAUAGAUAUCCUUCAGUCCUACAGGUUCAUCAAGAAGCUAGAACACACUUGGAAGGCCCUUGUCCAUGAUGGGGACACGGUGUCAGUGCACAGACCCAGCUUUUACGCAGAGAGAUUCUUCAAAUUCAUGACCAACACAGUGUUCCGAAAGAAUUCCUCUCUGAAAUCGUCUCCAUCUAAGAAAGGACGUAGUGCCUUGUUAGCUGUCAAAAUGCCUGGUCCAACAGCUGCGUUUUCAGCUAGCCAGAUCCCCUCGGAGAAGGAUGAAGCCCAGUAUAAUCUCCGAGCCGCCAGGAGUUACCCCACAUUGGAUGACGAAGCAGGAAGGCCAGACCUUCUACCCUGCACUCCUCCUUCCUUCGAAGAAGCAACCACAGCCUCCAUAGCAACGACGCUCUCUUCAACAUCACUCUCUGUUCCUGAGCGGUCUCCCUCAGAGACCUCUGAGCAGCCCAGGUACAGGAGGCGCGCACACUCCUCAGGGCAGGAUGGCAGGUCACAGGAGGAGGUUCGGGUUGAAGAGGAGCUCCAGCAGAUAACAGUAGAGCUGGAGAGCAAAUGUGAUGUUGAGGUCAUAGCUCCUGAGGAAGACGAUGCAGGGGAGGCAGCCUCUUCAGCCUGUGCCAUUGCAACAGCCACAGCUACAAUCGAAGUGGAAACAGCCAGCCAGGCCUCAGAACCAGCCAGCCAGGCUUCAGAUGAAGAUGAUGUGCCAGUUGCAGACAUAUACUUUUUCACGGAUGGGAGGUACUGGAUUUACUCUCCCCGCCAGCGCAGACUCCGAGCCGCCUCGUUUUCCUCUGGGACUCCUACAGACGAGAGGAGUUGGAUUUACUCCCCUCUCCACUAUAGCACUCAAGUCCACUCUGUCUCCGAUGAGGAGAGCGAUACAUAAUCUCUGUGCAGACACUGAAGACCCAGAGAGCAGCGUUUCCCUCUGCAGGUCGACGUGUUCCCUUUCGUUGACACAGUCGUUCUGAUGGGAUGGGGAAGAGCUUGCUGCACUGCUGGAUCCCGGGCACUGCAUUUCAGGCUGGAGCGAAAUGCUCUCUAAACAUGUAUUUAUACCUAUCCGAGCCAUGGACAGCAAAGAAACCUCCCACCCAGAGCUCCUGUGUAAAGCAGGCUGAAAAGAGUCCCGGGUAGUGACCGUUUCCAGACAGGCACCACUACAGCUGCCUAUCCAUGUGUGAUACUGUGAACCUUUUUAAUCAUGUAUUUAUUUCUUUUAUCUUUGCACAGACACUGCACAAAUGUGCUUUUUUUAAACAUUUAGUAUACUGCACUUUUUUUGGUUGUCAUAUUCUAUUUAUGUGCUUCAUCAAGAGUGUGAAACCUCACAGGAGACAGAGAGCAAUCUUCACUUGGGGGGUGGCAGGAGGGCAGGUCCAGUCCUAGCUUCACUGAUGAGGAGACAGUGUGGUCUAACCCCCAGACAACAGGACAGGGAGUCAGAAGUCCAGACUCUGUGACCUUGGGCAAGUCACUUAGUCACUCUGUGCCUCAGUUUCCACAUGUGUGAAUGUGGGUAAUCCCCAUCUUUGUCAAAGCACUUGGACCCUCCGAUUGAAAGGUGCUAUGUAAAUGCGAUGUAUUCAAGGCCAGUAACUAGAAUUGUUCCAAUAUUAAAGCAGUCUGAGUUAGACAUGCCACUUGAUCUGAAUUUAGAAAUCGCUAGUGACCUCUACAAUUAACUGUAUGGGAGAAGCAAAAAAAAAACCCUGGCUGUAAUGGCAUAGCUUCUUGGCUUGGCUCUCUUCUGGGUGUUGGAGAUGGUGGGGCUCUCUCUUCACCAUGAAUUGUGCUGCUCAGUGGUGGGCUGGAGCUCUGCCCUGAUCUGCUGGCAGACUGCUAUUCUGUCAGACUGCUGCCUCGGCCAUGGGGUGUGGAAGGAAGAGAACUGAGACAGCUGCAGCUAGGCAUUGCAGGCUAUUGAAAUCACUUAGCAGCAGCAUGUUCAUGACUCUGAUGAGUGAGGGUGGCUCAGAGGUUCACGUGUAUUCCUUCAUAGCUGAAACCAACAUGCCACCCUUCCCCCAUAUUGAAGGAAGUCAGCGAAGCCCAGCUGGAAGCGUCUGUAUUGGGCAUGUGACACAUGCUAUUGGAUGCGCAGCCAGGGGAGAUCAGCUGUGUGAUGUGGCCUCUGAGGUGGAUAGUGCUGCUUUCGGUGCUCUAGAGGCAUCUUUGCAGGCUGCAGUCUUUAGACCAGACAAGAUUUGGCUUCACUUAACCAUGAAAUGGCACAAAGCAGUGACCUGGUGUUGAUUUCAAAUUCCUCCACUUGACUGUAGGAUAUUGCAGCUGUAGGUCCUGACUUCUCUAGCGAUCCCAUCUCCUCUCCCAUGAAUUAGAAAGUCUUGAGCGCAGAGAGGGCUUGGGCUUGUCUCUGUCCUCCUUGGACUCUAGCGUAAAGUGAGGGGUAAAUAUCACUUUUUAAUGCUGUUACAUUCUUCAAACCUCUGUUCUCAAGCUUCCCUGUGCAGUAGCAGUGAGAGGAUGUCCCCAGUCUAUAGGCUUGCAUGCCAAGCACUGAAGAGCUAGUACCACAGUCUGUCCUGGCAGCACUUGGGACAUAUUUGUAAUUCAGGUACCAGAAGGCAGGCUGGGUCAAUGGGACUGUCUAAGCUUUUUUCCCAUGAGCUGCCAAUGUUCUGAGGAUUUUCAUCCGAUGACUUUUUCUUCCUUUUUUAAAUAUCCAGAGCCUGACUUUUCAAUCCCUGCCCUGCAGAAGCCGAAGACUUGCACUCCCAAUGUGUGCCAGGCUUCAUAGAAGUCAUUACACCAUUUGAUCUUCACCUUUAUUGGUCUAGAAUAUCCUUUCUUUGGAAUGCAGGUGGGUUUAAAAGAACCCCUCUUCUCUCAUUAACAGCUGUGAAAACAAAGAUGCUGCCAUUACAUCCAUGAGUCAGGCAGCAAAUCUGCUACAGAACUCUGGCAGGUUCCUAAAAGCUUUCUCAGAAUCAUAGCCCCUUUUCUCAUUACACACUAGUAUAGUUAACUUCACUCGGGGAUUUGGUGGUAUGUAGUGCUCAGUCCAGGCUCACCUGGCUGUCUCCUCUCCAAAGAGAAGGCUUGGCGAAGGAGCUAGGGAGGUGAGCAAUGUGUAGACUCAGGUACUGCUGAGUGCUAAAGGCAAAAGAUUUCAGAACACAUAGUUAAACGUAGAGCGUGAUUUUUCUGAAGCACUAGGCAGCCCCAGGUCCAAAUGAAGCCAGUGGGAGCUGCACAGAUGCUCAGCCCUGUGACAAACAAGCCCUUGAUUUCAACAUCAAGUAAACUAGGCUUUGGGAGGAGCAAUGAAGAUAAGCUAGGCCCAUCUCUGACCAGCAUUUCAGGGCUCUGAAAGGAAGCAGCUAAUCAAAUCUUUAGCCUUAUGCCUUUAAAAGAAUAUGCUGAAGUUCGGCACUUCUGAUUGCCCAAGAAUAUAGAGCAGGAUUUUAUUUCUUUCAACCAUUUGGAAUAUCUCUAAUCUAUUUAUCCAAUACACCUACUCCAAUAGUAUCUCUGCGGCAAAGACAAAGCAUCUUUUUGGUGAUGAAUUUUGCAACUGUGGAGUUUCCUUGGUCUGCUCCCACAUUAGAGGCUGAAGCCAAGAGCCCUGUUCUGUGAUGAUGGAAAACUGAUCUUGCUUCCUCCUUUCCAAAAUUAUUCCUUGCUGACAGUGUUUUCCACUCCGUGACUUUCUAGGGAAGCUUCAUCUCUGUAAAUCUCUUGUUUUCAACUCUUUGCAGCAAGCAAGUGUAUUAGGGUCUGUUAUUGACUCUGAACUUCUUAUAAAGAUACAGAUACCCUGGGACAUGCAAAAGAACCACAUUAUCAAAAAACCCUUCCCAGGAGUGACAUUGCAGGGGGAGUUGGUCAGAAAUAAACCAUGUUGUUCACUUGCAGUCCCAUCCCCCAAAGCAUUGUGCUGUGUUGUCUUGUCCAUUACAAAGUGCCCUGCAGUAGGCUUAAACUCCCAUUUCCAUUAUGGGAGAGGCACCUGGAUGAAGGAAGGGAGCUGUAGGGUAUGUCUACAUUGCAAUUAGACACCUGUGGUUAGCCCAUGCCAGCUGGCUCAGGCUUGGGCUAAGGAGCUGUUUCACUGCAGUGUAGAUGUUCCAGCUUGGGCUGCUGUCCAAACUCUGGGACCCUCCCACCUCACAGGGUCCUAGAGCCUGGACCUCAGCCGAAGCCUGAACCUCUACAUUGCAAUUAGCCUCACAUGCUCAAGUCAGCUGGCACAGGCCAGCCAUGGGAGUUUAAUUGCAGUGUAGAUAUACCCUGGGGUUCAAAACAGGCUCCUCUUCCAUCAAUUGGUCUCUUUCCCUGCCUCCUGGCCUUCAGCACAGUAGCUUUGCAAGACUUAAUCCUUAAUGCUACUUCCAGAGCUGGACGGUGCUAAGGGCCUGCUACUGUCAGUUACCUCUAGGGAUGACACAGCCAUUUUCUUUGGGGCUGGGGAGGAGAGGGGUUGCAUCACUAAAUUCUGCUGGUUGAUUCUGCCCUAGAUCUAUGGUGAGGCUUUGCACUGGGGGGAGGGAAGGGUUUAUAGAAUUUUUCAGGGGUCUCUCUGAGACUGAGGGGUGUCUGUUUAAACAGCAGUCAAUCUGCUUGUUCGCUACAGCAUGAGCUGUUGCUGUACUGUCACAUUCAUUCUUAGGGUGGUAUGAAAGUUGCGUUUUUACAUUUACUGUUUUUACCAGGAUUUUCAUUGUUUGCUUCACUAUAGCUGACAGUUUGCUAAUGAGCUAUUGCCUGUUUCAAGAUCUAGUCUACUUAUAUCUUUGAAAGGAGACACCUUGUUCCUUUUCCACUGAAAUGUUAGUGGAACAAUCCAGUGAGACCCUAGACUUCAAAGUAGCUUCAUGUCAUUACUAUCUCACCAUCAUCCCUGCAUCCUGCCUCUCUCACCUGUUCAAAGAGUGUGGCCAUUGCUUCUGCUAAAGCUAUUUCUGAGCUCUGGUGUAGAGGAUUCCAAGGGGAGUGUCUCGUGCCAGACUACAGGGUGCGGAAUGCAGACGGGUAUAAUUAAGACCCCACUUGAGCAAAGAAGUGCAAAAUGUUGACUGCCAAGGUGCAUGGUCCUGGCGUCUGGGCUGUUACUUGCCAAGUGUUCCAUCACAAGCCUGAGCCUUUCUCAAGCAGCUCCCAGGCAGGAGAAGCCUCAGUUUGAAUGAUUCAGAAGGUGGUCAUCAAAACAAACUCCGCUCCAGUGUGUUUUAUGUUCAUUUGGGAACUCUCCGGAGGGAACAGGAGCAACAGCUUCUCUGGAGAAGACUCCAAAUGUGUGCUCAGUCACUGAAAAUGAACAAACUGCAGAGAUUGAUGCUCCAGAGAGACUUCUGGAACCCCCAAAAGCCCCAGGCUCUGCUAGGAGACUGGGAUCCAUAGCUGUAUCCUUUACUGCUGCUAGCAGUCAGUCACUGCAAGUAUCCUGCUGUCACGCCCCCGCCAGUAUCAUCUGGGUGAGUGUGUCGAAAUCACACUUGGUGAAACCGAAAAAAGAUUUAAUCUCAGCACUGAAGCUGGCAUGGCUGUGAUCUUUGAUGGCAGCAUUAGAGAUGACACAAGCUCUGUGCUUGUCCCUGUCAUCAUCAGCCAUUUGACUCUCGAAACACGUUCCAGCCUUUCCUUCUAGCAGAGUCUUCCCUGAGCAGCUAAAACCAGCCUUGGUAUCUUUUCUUCACACUCCCACCCAGCAUCAUUGCCCACGUUUUUAAAUGGAAAGGCAAAUGAGAGAGCUCAGACUUACUGGAUCAUGUCUGAUUUGUUUGAAGUCUACAUUAGACCAAGUAUAAUAUAGCUGAUGUUCAUAUUAGGUCAUCUUGUAUGUAUGCUCCACAUAAAGAAUGUAUGUAAGUAGGGUUUUUUUGUGGGAGGGAGGGGGGAGUUCUUCUCUGGAAAAAAAUGAUGAGAAUCCAUGAAUAUUGUCAUGUUUUUUCUUUUUUUUGUUUGUUUAAGUCCUGAAUGCUUUUUUGGAAGUCUUUUCUCAGAGAAAUGUAAAUUGAUGCUAAUUGUUCUUCAGCUGUGAUAAAGCAUAAUGUCGUCUUUGAUGUAAAUACAGAGGCAAGCAAACUAUUUAUAAUGUCUAGUGAAUUAAUUGCCUUACCCAAAACCCCAUGGGAAUGGUUCCUAAAAAUAUUGUUUCCCUUUUUAGUGUAAAGAAUUUUGUAAAUACUUUCAGCGUGAGAUUGCACCCCUAGUUCGUCUUGUCUCUCUGAUGGCUGCUAUUGCUCAGAAAGUGGAUACUGUUUGAACUAUUGUACUGUAUUAAAACUAAGGCAUUUUGUGAGACAAUUUAGAUGCAAUGUUCUCAUGGAAUCAUGAAAGCUAAAAAGGCAAUACUCUUGUUAUUAGCACAGUCCUCUCUCUCUCACCUGUUGGUGAUGUUUCCUACAGUCAUAACUUGUGCUCAUUCCUGACUCUCUCAGAGGGACUGCUGGUUUUGUUGAGACUUGGGUUUGUAGCUCAAGUUGAUUGGCUAACUCAUUUGUAAAUAUGUGGACAAUCCACACAUUUGUGUCCUGAUCCACUUGUGACAUACUCACAGUCAUUGUCACAGACAUGUCGGCUAACUCAACUUAACUUGCAUUAAACUCUGAUCGAGGCAAAACCUUUCUUUGUUGUUAAAUUGCAUUGAGGUCAAUCUUCUCUCAUGUUUUACUUUGUAAUUUAUGAAACGUUGUAUGUCCUUAACUAUUUCAGAGGGUUCUAUUAGAACUUUUGAGUCCUACAGUACUUUGACAAUCUCUACGCUUUUUUUUUGUCAAGGGAAGAGCUGUACCUUUGAACCCAGAGCUGUGGAAUUUCUGUACAAAAUGUACAACCACUGCUGACCUGAACGAAUAACACUUGUAUGCAACAGCCUCAUCGUUCUGCAUCCCCUCCUUCCCCUUCUUUUAUUUUGGAAAGGAUCUCUCUAAUAAAUAGAGUAAUCAUG